UCUCAAGUCAUCUUUGAUCUUUACCAUCUUUUCUAAGGCAAUAACAUAAAAAAUAGAAAUGGCCAUCCGUUUUCCUGGUAUUGUACACGCUAAGCACAUUCUGCGACAAUCGAAACUGUUUGCAAAUCAAGCAGCUUCAGUGUCAUCAGAUGUGCCAAAAGGGUACCUUGCAGUCUAUGUUGGGGAGAGCCAAAUGAAGCGAUUCAUAAUUCCAGUAUCAUUCUUGAAUCAGCCUUCAUUUCAAGAAUUGCUAAGUAAGGCUGAGGAAGAAUUCGGAUUCAAUCAUCCUAUGGGUGGUCUCACAAUUCCUUGCAAAGAAGACAUCUUCAUUAAUCUCACUUCUCAAUUAAAUCGAUCAUGAUGCUGCCCUAAGAGGAGUUACAUGACAAUUUUUUGAAUUCUUGUACAUUUAUUAUAUUUGUUUGGCGAAUAUAUGAGAUCCGAUGGGAAAUGCUACCCAUA